CUUCAUUUCAGUCUCUCACGGGUCGUUGCGACGAUAAGAAGCGCUACGAAGAAGUCCCUUUCGGUUGGUCAGUCGGUCCGUGCGUUGGAAUCGCGUUCAUCUGCCGGGGCGUUCAAGCGGCUGGUGGUGUGGGAAUCGGGUCGCAGCAACGCAGCUUCCUCUUCCUGCCUUGGUUGGUGAGGGGCCUAUUUUGGAGUUGAAAAGAGUUUCCACCGAGUUGGUGUAACAGAUCGGGAAUUUUCAUCCGGGGGAAAAAUAAUAACUCGAGUGUUGUUGGGAGCGUCCGGGUCGUCGUCGCCAGGUAGUCUGCCACCUCCGUUGACAUUCGGUGCCACAGAAAUAGAUUUCGAAUGCAGGCAAGCUUCCAGCGAGUCUGGUUCGGUGGGAUGAUGAGACCAACAUAGUACAUAUACGAAGGUCACAGCUGGUUCAGUGUUUCGUGUUGUGAAUAGGACUAGGCCCGUGCAAAAUGGAUCAAAAACUCGAGAGAAUCGAUACAAACGAGUAGCGUGUGGUUGUGUAUAUUUGCGCUAGUUCGCCAAGAAUAUUGUAGUUACAAGGUACGUUGCUAGCUUCAAAAGUGAUAAACGGAAGUCCAUUGCGGGAAAGUUUUUGCAAGAAGGAAAAGUUUAUUAAACCUGCUGAAUCGAAAAGCCGAGUAGUUAUUGUUCGACUUCCCCAUCGGUAAUUGGUUCAACAGACUCCGAUAAGAAAUCCACGAUUAAAUUGUAUCCACAACGUACUCAGUGACAUUGUUCGGUAUUGGAGUAGAUAAGUUUCCUUCCAGUUUCGUAUUUCUGCUGUUGCUUGUUCUGAAAACUAGCUCCAAGUGUUAAUAUCUGUUUCAUGAGCGUCAAGUGAGCAUUAUCGUUCUCUUCAUUGGCGUGAUGUCGCCCGGUUGGUCCGACAUGACGGCAAAGGCAAGCGACUUGGAAAACUGCCUCUCCGUUCGUCGGUUCCGAAAGCAUCCAGCAAUAAUGGCAGCCGAUGGAUGUUGUCGGGCUGCACUAUAGCAAACUAAAGCGGUGUCCCGAACUGGCGGGGAACGGCCGGCGGUGGCGAGAAGUGUCCCGAAAUAAUCAUUCUCACCGAUGUACGGAUACGGCACGGAAGCUGUGUGAAAGAAGAAGUCGAAGUCUAACGCCGGUACUGAUUGCACGUGGCGCCGUUUCUGAGAACGUGAUGCGCCAUUGCUUUCGUCGGUCUGUCUAAUUUGGUGCAGAAAGUCAGGACGGAAAGAAAGUGCCGGAAACCGGAUUCCAACGAAAGCGCUCUGUUCUGUGCUUUUGGGAUUGUGUAUCGAGGAAAAAGUGGUGGAAAAAAAGGAUUAUACGUGUACCGAAGGGCAUUUGUUGUAGCGGAACCCGACGAAAGGGUCGGUGCUGAAAAUUAAUAAAGCUCUAAACCAACCGCUUCGAGUGAUCCCGGUAAAGACGUCUUUGGCAGUGGAACGAAGGAAGGGUUGUUUUUUUGGGCACCAGGCAGGAGACAAAACAAAAAGUCGUAGAGAGAGGAAAUCAUUGGCAAAUCGUUGCUGAUUUUAUAACAAGAUCCGCUUCCUGAACUUCAGCUACACCGCCCGAUACCCACUGGAAGGAACGCCUUGAUCCAUCCGAAGGAAUGGUCUACAAAUGGUACACCAAUCUGAGUAAUCGUACGAUCGCGAUUACCAUCGUCGUCUGCAUCUGUAUGCUGUACGUGUCCUACACAUUCAACACAUGUCUGAUAGCGAGCAUCAACCGGACGUGGAGGAAGGCUCACACGAGCUUAACCACGAUGACGACCCCCACGGAGGAAACCGAAGCCCCACAGAUCAAAAUCCUCGGCUCGAUUGUCCGAAUAGUGCCCCUCACCGGUGAUGGCUUCGGCUUCGACUCCAAGAACCUGGUCAACGCUUCCGAUGGCUCCCCGAAGUAUCGCUUCCUACGACAGCAAGGUCUACGGCCUUCGCGCCAUCUCCCGGACGCACUAAUCAUCGGCGUCAAAAAGAGCGGAACCCGAGCCCUGCUGGAGUUCAUCCGACUGCACCCGGACGUCCGUGCCGCCGGGUGCGAGGUGCAUUUCUUCGAUCGCCACUACGCUAAGGGGCUGCACUGGUAUCGGCACCACAUGCCACCGACGAUCGAGGGGCAGAUCACCAUGGAGAAGACUCCAAGCUACUUUAUCACCAAGGAAGCGCCCAAACGGGUUUACCACAUGAAUCCGAGCACCAAGCUGCUGGUGGUCGUCCGUGACCCGGUGACUCGAGCCAUUUCCGAUUACACACAAGCGCGCAGCAAAAAGAAAGAUAUGAAACGGUUCGAGGAACUGGCCUUUCUCAAUGGGACCUCCGGUGGAAUCGUAGACACCGCAUGGGGACCGGUCAAGAUCGGCGUCUACGCAAAACACUUGGAACGGUGGCUCGAAUAUUUCCCCCUAUCACAGCUCAUUUUCAUCAGUGGCGAACGAUUGAUCGCAGAUCCAGCCGUUGAGAUCGGUCGUGUUCAGGACUUCCUCGGUCUGAAGCGGGUGGUGAACGAGAAGCACUUUUACUUCAACUCCACCAAGGGGUUCCCGUGCUUACUGAAAUCCGAGGAACGAUCCUCUCCGCAUUGCCUUGGCAAAACAAAGGGGCGGAACCACCCCAGAAUAGAACCGCAGGCCAUCGAUCGGUUGCGGGAAUUCUACCGACCGUUCAAUCUUAAGUUCUACCAACUGACGGGGAUAAACUUCGGGUGGCCCUGAGACCUAAUCGUUGCCAACGCCAGUAGUUAGGUGUAAAUAAGAUAAUAUUGGAAAAAUCAUUCCUCGUUUCAAUAGGGGAAGUUUUGUACAUAAAGCCGAAGAAAUUAAACCAAAUCAAAGCUAUACACAGUCAUUAGACAUUAGGGUUGAACCUAAUUUGAUCUAUACCGAUUAGCUGAAUAAAGACAACAACUUUCCAAGAAAAUGAAUGUCGAAUAGAUAAAUUAAAUGAUUGGACAUCGUGCUAUUUUAUUUUGCACAUUGGUAAGUAAUUAUUACACAAACAAUUUCGCACAAGACUCUACAAAAUGAAUGGAUAGUGAUGAGAAUCUUCCUGAAUCCGAAGAUAGUGUAGUGCUUUUGAAUAAAUCAAACCCUCAACAAA